AUGGCAACGUCGUAUGACUCGCUUCACCGAGGGGUGUCGACACCCCAGAUCGCACCCGGCACCGCGCUGGAGGAUCGUUUCGAGGUCAUCAAAGACAUUGGAGAUGGCAGCUUUGGCAGCGUCGUCCUAGCAAGAGUUCGCUCAGCGGGCUCGAGCGUAGCGCGACGUGGCACUGUGAUUGCUAUCAAAACGAUGAAGAAGAGUUUCGAGUCCUUCACACCAUGUUUAGAGCUUCGGGAGGUGGUCUUCCUAAGAACGCUACCAAACCAUCCCCACCUCGUCCCCGCGUUAGAUAUAUUUCUCGACCCGGCCAGCAAGAAGCUUCACAUCUGCAUGGAGUAUAUGGAUGGGAAUCUCUACCAACUGAUGAAGGCUCGCGACCAUAAAUGCCUAGAUGUUGCCAGCGUCAAGAGUGUUCUGUUCCAGAUCAUGCAAGGACUAGAGCACAUUCAUGCGCACCAUUUCUUCCAUCGCGAUAUCAAACCCGAAAAUAUCCUCGUAUCAACAUCGACACCACAAGAAUCUGGAAAUUCUUUCCGGCGAUAUUCCGCCAUGGUUACGCCUCCUUCAACCCCUCCAACAUAUACCGUCAAAAUUGCCGACUUUGGCCUCGCGAGAGAAACACACUCAAAAUUACCCUACACAACUUAUGUUUCGACUAGGUGGUAUCGUGCUCCAGAGGUCCUGCUCCGAGCAGGAGAGUAUUCGGCUCCUGUUGACAUUUGGGCAAUUGGCGCUAUGGCCGUGGAGAUUGCGACACUGAAGCCCCUGUUCCCUGGUGGAAACGAGGUCGACCAGGUGUGGAGAGUCUGUGAAAUCAUGGGCAGCCCCGGCAAUUGGUACAACAAAGCCGGUGCUCGAGUUGGAGGCGGGGAUUGGAGAGAAGGGACUCGAUUAGCAGGUAAACUUGGAUUUUCCUUCCCUAAGAUGGCACCCCAUGCAAUGGAUACGAUACUCCAAACUCCUCAGUGGCCGACUUCACUCAGCAAUUUCGUCACGUGGUGCCUAAUGUGGGAUCCAAAAGCCCGACCAACCUCAACUCAAGCCCUUGCUCACGAGUUCUUCAAUGAUGCGGUGGAUCCCCUACGACCAAAAUCAUCCGCUUCCAGGAUACUGGGUCGCAAGCAUUCUGAUCUCAGCUAUCGGGGCUCGAAGGACUCUACCGAAAUAGCUCAGAAUCAAUCGUCCAAGCCAUCGUGGUUCAGGAAAUCUUUGAUCGGCCGGUCGGAUAGCGGCAAUGGGGUAGCAGCGCCUGUUGGAAAGGAGAACAUUGCCCCUCGACCAUCGCCAAUACACGCUGCCACCGACGUACCGGUGAUUAAGACGAGACCAAAUGCAAGUAAGCGAUCAACGUGGAACAACGGCCCUUCAAAUGCCGCCCCGAUGCCCAUCUUGCCAACGAUUAAACCUAUCUCGCCGCUUUCAGAUACAGUCACGGCACAAGCUAGCAGUCGAACGCCAUCCUACACUGAUGCUCAUAAAGCAGCAGGCCAAGCAGCCGCAAAUAUGGAUGACAAAGUAGUGAAGAAGAUCGGCCGCCAGCUCUCCGUUGCUUCAAACGGCAACCACUACGCCGAUAUUCACAGACAACAGGCAGAGAUGGCUUUGAACGGAAAUAGUGGCUUAGCAUCCCCUCCAAAUGGCCAGAAGGAGAGCUUCUUCUCUCAUCUAAGGAAGCGAGCGAGAAGAUUCUCCGGGCGCCAAUCUCAGACUCCCAUCUCGCCGAAAUCAAUGGAUAUCGAGGCCCAAGCUGGCUGUGGACCAUGGGCCAGCAACAGAUCAUCCAUGGUCGUGGACAAUGUCGGCCAACUCCCAAGUCCCGUCCAGAAAGUCGACACUUACGAGGCCCUCGAUAAAGCGCUUCGGAAUGUCCAGCAGAAUCUCGAUUCUUCGCAAACCGCACCCAUCCCGCCAAAUCAUGCCACCACUCCAAGCAGCACUCUAAAACGCCACCAUUCCCUCCCCCACCAACAGCCUCGUUCAAUCGAUAAUCUCAGGGCGGUAGGACCAGUAUCAAGUAGAACUCGCCGGUCCCAAGUACCUGGAGGAGCUCGCCAGUACGAGACACCGGAUGAAGAAGACGAGCUCCUCGACGAGGCGUUGGUGGCAACGCACAAGGCCAUGAAGCGGCUCGACCGAAAUUCGAUUCAGCCUGACCGCCCCUUGCGGCAAUCUAAUAGCAACCUUGGGUUGACCAAUCCAUACCCAACCCCGUCACCUUCUGCUAGCGGUAAUGCCGUAUUGUUUGGUCAUGGUGUUGCCCAGGUGACGCCAUCCAAAGUUCGAGGGUUGAACAAGCAAUCGUCCACUCCCCCCUAUGAUUCCGAGGAGAACGAGUGGGCUACUUCCGCGGCAGCAAGCAUCUUUGCUGCUCAAAACCGAUUCUAG